AUGUCCAAGCUCUUGACUGUCUUCGGUGCCACUGGCGCUCAGGGCGGCUCUGUCAUCCGGGCUGUUCUGGCCGACGACGUCCUUUCGAAGGAGUACAAGAUUCGAGGCAUCACCCGUGAUGUUUCCAAGCCUGCAGCGCAAGCCUUGGCCGGAAAGGGCGUCGAAGUCGUUGCGGCCGACAUGAGCUCCAAGGAGACGCUUACCGCUGCUCUGAAGGACUCCCACACUGUUUUCCUCGUUACUACCCCCGACUUCAUGUCCGCCGGUGGAAGCCAGGAGCUGCCCCAUGGCAAAAACGUUGCCGACGUUGCCUCUGACCUUGGUGUCAAGCACCUGAUCUAUUCAUCUCUCCUUCAUGUCACCGAGACCACUGGAGGGCGCCUUAAGCACGUUGUUCACUUUGACGACAAGGCCGAGGUGGAGCGGUACAUUCGCUCCAAGGGCAUCCCGAGCACCUUUGUUCUUCCGGGCUAUUUCAUGAGCAACUUUACCGCACUGCAGAUGAUCAAGAAGGGUGAUGACGGUGUUUACUCUCUCGCGUACCCGGUUGGCGACAAGGCCAAGUUCCCGCUUAUUGACACUCCAUCAGAUCUCGGCAAAUACGUCGUUGCUGCAAUCCGCAAGGAGCCCGAGGUUCUCGGCAAGCAGAUCCUCGCUGCUGCCGGCUACUACACGCCUACCCAGAUCGUUUCCGAGUUUGAGGAAGUGGUUGGGAAGCAGGCCCGCUUCGUGCCCAUUGAUGCCGCGACAUACAAGAGCUUUCUCCCCGAGCCGCUGGCUGACGAGAUGCUUGAGAACCAUCUUUUUAUUGAAGAGCCGGGUUACUACAAUGGUCGGGACCUCAAGGAAAGUCUGGACCUGUUGAGCAGUGUUGGACUUCAGCCCACGACCUGGAAGGGGUUUCUUGAGGCCCACAAGGCGGAGUUCUAA